AUGGCGAUCCAACCGGAACGCUUAGGACACUCAAUACUUGACCAGUUCCUUCUGGAUAAAGAUUGGAAAAACUUCAAUCAUGGGGCGUAUGGCACAUUCCCUGUGGAGGUUCGAGACGAGCUCCGCAAGUUCCAGGAUAUGAUCGAAGGACGACCAGACAAGUUUAUACGUUAUCUAUAUCCCAAGUUUCUAGAUGACUCUCGAAAGGCAAUGGCCUGCUACCUGAAUGUCCCUGUGGCCGAGGUGGUCUUUGUGAAAAGUGCAACUGUUGCCAUCAAUACGGUGCUUCGAAAUCUUUCCUACGAUCCGGGGGACAUGAUUAUAUAUUUCUCCACCAUUUUCGAUGCUUGUGAGAGGACGAUCGAAUCUGUCUUGGAGACUACACCGCUUAAAGCUCGAAAGAUAGAUGUUUUGUUCCCAACUAGCCACGAACAAAUCGUCGCGAGUUUCCUCGACACAAUCAAAGAAGCCAAGCGAGAGGGUUUCAACGUACGGAUUGCCCUUUUUGACACCAUUUCCAGUCUACCAGGUGUCAGGUUUCCGUUUGAAUUGUUAACGGAGGCUUGUCGAGCCCACGGGAUUCUUAGCUGCAUUGAUGGCGCACAUGGUGUCGGCCACAUUCCUCUCGAUCUCGGCAAACUAGGAGCGGAUUUCUUCGUGAGCAUGACCCAUAAAUGGCUCUAUAAUACAAGGGGCUGUUCGGUUUUCCACGUUGCUCUCCGCAACCAACAGCUCAUCCGCACAACAAUCCCAACGUCUCAUAACUUCAUUCCGAAGCAGCAGCAGUACGAAUCCUCGAAGCUGACAGCAUCGCUGCAGCCUAAUUGCAAAUCACCCUUCGAACUGAUGUUUCAGAAUGUUGCAAUCACUGAUGACACUCCUUAUUUGACUAUACCAACCGCACUUCAGUAUCGCAGCCGACUCCCUGGAGGCGAGGAUGGGAUUUUCAAUUACAUUCGUGAGAUCGCCUUUUUCUGGAGGGAACCUCGUCGCCCAAAUACUUGA